GUCCUCCCACUCUAACCGUGCGUGGGGCGCGCAGCACGGCGAUCGGUGGUGCGUUGUGUCCCUGGGACACAGCGGAUCACCGAUCAACAGAAAGAGCUGAAGACGUCAGCUCUGUCAUGUGAUCAGCUGUGUCCAAUCACAGCUGAUCAUGGGACAUGUACACUGAUCAUCAGGGCACUGAUGAUCAGUGUAGCCCCAUCAGUGCCACCUGUCAAUGUCCAUCAAUGCCACCUGUCAGUGGCCAUCAAUGCCACCUGUCAGUGCCCAUCAGUGCCACAUCAAUUCCACAUAUCAGUACCUACCAGUGCACAUCAAUGCCACAUAUCAGUGCCCAUCUGAGCUGCCUUUCAAUGCCACCUAUCAGUGCCAGUCAGUGCGGCCUAUCAGUGCACAUCAGUGCACAUCAGUUCUGCCUAUCAGUGCCGCCUAACAGUGACAGUCAGUGCCACCUAACAGUGCCAGUCAGUGCUGCCUAUCAGUGCCAGUCAGUGCUGCCUAUCAGCGCUGCCUAUCAGUGCCAUAUAUGAGUGCUGCCUUUCAGUGCACAUCAGUGAUGCCUGCCAUUGCCCAUCAGUGCCACCUACCAGUGCCUCCUCAUCAGUGCACAUCAAUGCCGCCUAUCAGU